AUGACCCUCAAAUCUGGGCCCCUCAGGGCUCGGGCUCUGCUGCUGCUGUGCCUGGAGCUCUGGGCACAGCAAAGCCUGGCACUGCAGUGCCAACCUGGGGAGAGGAAAAUCACCAGCAAAGAUGCAGAGAAAUGCUGCCCCAAAUGCAUCCUGAUGGAAGGAGGCAACAACCUGUGCCAGGGAAUGGAGGACCAUGACUGCAAAUGCCCCCAGGGCCACAGCUGUGGGGAUAACAACUGUCUGUACUGCAGGAAGCUGCCAGAGUGUGCUGAGGGACACGAGCUCACCAGGAUUGGAGACACAGAUUUCACAUUCCAGUGUAAACCCUGCGAGACCGGAACUUAUUCCAGUGUGAAGAAUGGCUGGUGCAGGAACUGGACUGACUGCGAGAGCUCGGGGUUUGUGACCCUCAGCCGAGGCAACAGCACCCACAACUCCAAGUGUGGCGUCCCUGCUUCUCCCAAAGACGUGGAGCAAGCUCUCCUGCCCUCCAGCUCCCUGUCCACCACCAUCCUGGCCAUCCUGACGGCCGUGGCCGUGUUCGUGCUCAUCCUGCUCACCUUCCUCCUGCACUUCUGCAUCUGGACCCUGAAGGACAAAUAUUUCGCAGCUGAGGGCCGCCGGCGGCUCCGCAGCUCCCGGAGACCUCCAGCAUCCAGUUCCCCGAGGAAGAGCACGGGGGAAAGACGGCCGAGGAAAAGCUUUCCAUGCUGUCCCUCAAAGUCUCCAACGAGCUCUCCAACAGAUAAACUGCCCUGGGGCGCCGUGGGAACGGGGAGCUGAGCUUUCCCAAAGGAACAGGAGGAAGGGGAUGGGCUGUGAAGCAUCGGGAGACCCGCGGCGAGGAGGAGGAGGAGGAGGAGGAGGAGGAGGAAGAGCGGCUUUUUGGGGCAUUUUGGGGCUUUGCUCUCAACAAACCUGGCUUUGGGAAAUGAAAA